AUGGACAAUUGGUUCCGCGUCCACAGGACGUCCUCAGCCCCGUCUCUCCGCCUGGCACCACACACACCCCUCCCACCACCCCGACCGACCCUUUUCGAACCGCUUCAACCUCCCUUUCCACCUCACCUCCCCACUCCUCUACCUCUGCCCAAGAUGAUGCGCCUCUCGCGCGCCAUUCCUCGCCCCAAGGCCGCCAGCCUUGCCGCCCGCAGCACCCGCUCCUACGUCGUCGCCAGCCAGACUCACCGCGCUCAGGAGGCCCAGAACUUCGGCCAGCACAAGGGUUACCCCGUCAUUGACCAUGAGUUCGACGCCAUCGUUGUUGGUGCCGGUGGUGCCGGUCUCCGUGCCGCCUUCGGUCUCGCCUCGUCUGGACUGAAGACUGCUUGUAUCUCCAAGCUUUUCCCCACCCGUUCCCACACCGUCGCUGCUCAAGGUGGUAUCAACGCUGCCCUUGGCAACCGCACCGUCGACGACUGGCGCUGGCACAUGUACGACACCGUCAAGGGUUCGGACUGGCUCGGUGACCAGGACGCUAUCCACUACAUGUGUCGCGAGGCUCCUGAGGCCGUCUACGAGCUUGAGCACUACGGUCUUCCGUUCUCCCGUACCGAGGAGGGCAAGAUCUACCAGCGUGCCUUCGGUGGUCAGUCGCUCGAGUACGGCAAGGGUGGACAGGCCUACCGUACCGCCUGUGCCGCUGACCGUACCGGACACGCGAUGCUUCACUCGCUUUACGGACAGUCGCUCCGUCACGACACCAACUUCUUCAUCGAGUACUUCGCUACCGACCUCCUGAUGCAGGACGGCGAGUGCGUUGGUGUCAUCGCCAUCAACCUUGAGGACGGUACCCUCCACCGCUUCCGCUCGCACAAGACCGUUCUUGCCACCGGUGGCUACGGUCGUGCUUACUUCUCGUGUACCUCGGCCCACACCUGUACCGGUGACGGAAACGCCAUGGUUGCCCGUGCCGGCCUCCCCCUCCAGGACCUCGAGUUCGUCCAGUUCCACCCCACCGGUAUCUACGGAUCCGGAUGCCUGAUCACCGAGGGUGCCCGUGGUGAGGGUGGUCUCCUCCUCAACUCCAAGGGUGAGCGCUUCAUGGAGCGUUACGCCCCUACCGCCAAGGAGCUCGCCUCCCGUGACGUUGUUUCGCGUUCGAUGACCGUCGAGAUCCGUGAGGGCCGUGGUGUCGGACCCGAGAAGGACCACAUCUACCUCCAGCUCUCUCACCUUCCCCCCGCUCUCCUCCACGAGCGUCUCCCCGGUAUCUCGGAGACCGCCGCCAUCUUCGCCGGUGUCGACGUCACCAAGGAGCCCAUCCCCGUCCUCCCCACCGUCCACUACAACAUGGGUGGUAUCCCCACCAAGUACACCGGUGAGGUCAUCACUCAGGACGAGAACGGAAACGACAAGGUCGUCCCCGGUCUCUACGCCGCCGGUGAGGCCGCCUGUGUCUCCGUCCACGGUGCCAACCGUCUCGGUGCCAACUCUCUUCUCGACAUUGUCGUCUUCGGCCGUGCCGCCGCCAACCACAUUGCCGAGAACCUCGCCCCCAACACCCCCCACAAGCCCUACGACGAGACCCUCGGCAAGGAGUCCAUCGAGUUCAUCGAGAAGAUGCGCACCUCGGACGGCCCCAAGCACACCUCGGAGAUCCGCUCUGCCAUGCAGAAGACCAUGCAGACCGACGCCGCCGUCUUCCGUACCCAGGAGUCGCUCGACGACGGUGUCCGCAAGAUGUCCGAGGUCUACAAGACCUUCGACCAGAUCGGCAUCAAGGACCGCUCGCUCAUCUGGAACUCGGACCUCGUUGAGGCCAUCGAGCUCCACAACCUCCUCACCUGCGCCCAGCAGACCGUUGUCUCUGCUGCUGCUCGUAAGGAGUCUCGCGGUGCCCACGCCCGUGAGGACUUCCCCGACCGUGACGACAAGAACUGGCAACGACACACUCUUUCUUUCCACCGUGAUAUCAGCAAGCCUGACAUUGAACUGCAGUACCGCGCAGUCCAGAACAAUACGCUGGACCAGAACGAGUGCGCCAGUGUCCCCCCUUUCAAGCGUGUUUACUAA